UUUAAUCAAAAAAAAAAAAAUCGACCAAACCCUCGCCUCCGCCGCUCGCCGGGGUUGCGGCCAGCCAAGCAAGCAGCAUGGAGGCGCUGAUGGACGAGCUCGUCGAGGAGAUCCUCCUCCGCCUGCCGCCGGGCGAUCCCUCGAGCCUCGCCCGCGCCGCCGUCGUGUGCAGGCGGUGGUGCCGCAUCAUCUCCGACCGCGGCUUCCGCCGCCGGUUCGUCCGGCGCCACCCCGCGCCCCCCGUCCUCGGCCUCCUCGCCAACCUCAGGGACGGCGACAUCGACGACCACAACGACUUCGACUUCGUCGCCCGCUUCGUCCCCGCAACCCCCUUCUGCCCGCGCUUCCCCGACCACCGCGACCGGUGCGCGCUCGACGCCCGCCACGGCCGCGUCCUCCUCACCACCACGCCGUGGGGCUCCGAUCUCGAGGUCUGGGACCCGGUCACGGACGUGCUGUGGGAGCUGGCCCCGCAUCCGCGGUACCUGGGCGACCCUUUCAGCUGGAACGCGACGGUGCUCUGCGCCGACCACGGCGUCUGCGACCACCUCGACUGCCACCUGGGGCGCUUCGUCGUCGUCUUCCUGGACUCCGACACUGGGACGAUGCGUGUGCACCUCUACUUGUCGGAGGCUGCCGCCUGGAGCCCGCCGAUGUACGGUCCUCAGUCCACAGUGCACGGUGUUGAAACAUUGCCCACUGCUCUUGUUGGGAACGCGCUCUAUUUCCUGAUUGAUGCGACCCAGAGCAUUCUCGAGUGCGAUCUGGCCACGAUGAACAUGUCUGUGAUCCCUCUACCUCCUGAACACUUUGUCGACUUCGCGGUGCUCAUGACGAUGGAGGAUGGUCAGUUGGGAUUCGCAAGGAUUGUGGGCUCCAGACUCUUGCUCUGGUCAAUGAAGACGGAUCCUGAGGGACAUGCUGGAUGGUCACAAGUCAGAGUCCUUGAGCUCGAGACACUGCUUCCUGCUGAUGCCUUCCCUAUCUCAGAUGAUUAUGUUGGCUUUGCACAUGGCGUUGGGGUCUUUUUUGUGCCCACGGAAGACAGGCAGUCCAUCUUCAGCAUUGAUCUAAACUCUGGCUGGGUCAGGAACGAGGAUUGCGGUGACGGUCAGACUCACGGCGUUGUUCCCUAUACAAGUUUCUACACUCCAGAUUUUCAUCAGUACAGUGUAGCUCCUGUCUGAACUGAACAAGUGCUGACCAAAUUUCAUCAACACCUGCGUUGUAUAUUUGGAGCUUGGAAAAGGAUGUUAAAGACUGAAGAGGUUUAGCUGGAAAAAAAAAAGCAACGAGUCAACCAGGUUGUGUAUGCUUGUAAGGCCCAAAACAAUCCGUGCUUUUCGGAAACUGUUAUGGGGCUUCUAGAACAGUGUUUGCUUACUCUUGUUAUCAUUAAAUAAACUUAUCGUUAACUGCUUUAUCCAGAGGCAAACAAGGUGCUCUUGGAUGAUGGAGUGAGGCGGAUGCCAAAAAUUUUUUUCCCGACCAAAGGUCUGGCUGAAGCAGUAGCGGUGAAAACCAACGCAAAAACUGUUAUAGUCUCCUGACUAGAGCUUCAAUCUGCAACCUUCAAUGUCCUAGUAUACAGUUACUGAUGCAUCUGAUGAUUUCAUGUACUUUUCCGUUGCCUACAUCCAACAGCAAGUUCAGUUCUUUUUUUUAAUAUUUUCUGUUGGUGACACACCGAAGCUGUACGCCUCUCUCUGCAUCUUUUCUGUUCACCAUAACUAUCCGGAAUCAUAUUGUCAUGAUGCCUGGCAUGAUUAUGAACAAUUUGUGUUCAUGAAAGAGCUGUCUGAAAGUUGAAUGGGUUCGGUUUGAAUGGUGGAACUCAAAUAAGGCAGCAGCGCCAUAGGAGAGGAGAGGAGAGGAGAGGAAUUAGAACUACCUCUAUAGCAUGCAGUUUUGCUCAAAUUUUUGCUACAGAUACAGCGCCAUAGGAGAGGAGAGGAGGUGAACAAGGGUUGAA